AUUAGAAACGAGAGUUGCUGCAGUUUCUCUCGCGAUACUUCGUCAGUGUUCGCGGAAUACUAUGGCUGCCGUGUCGCUGAGGUCCUGCCGCAGAGGACUUUCACUAAUGUUGAGAAAUGCAGGGGUCGCAGCUGUGCCUUCACAGCACCUACAAGUUGACAGAAGACACAAAUCUACAGUUCAGUUUGCAUCCAGACCAGACCUUCCAAAGCUAGCCUACAGGAGGGUGAAGGGGAAGAGCCCAGGGGUGGUGUUUCUGCCGGGCUAUGGCUCCAACAUGAAUGGGCGGAAAGCUGAGGCACUGGAGGAGUUCUGCAGGUCGUUAGGGCACUCAUACCUCAGGUUUGACUACACAGGACAUGGGGCUUCAGAAGGGGAGUUGGCUGAGGGAACAGUUGGUACCUGGAAAAAAGAUGUUCUCUUUGUGUUGGAUGAGUUAACAGAGGGAACGCAGAUACUGGUGGGGUCCAGUUUGGGCGGUUGGCUCAUGCUGCUGGCAGCCAUUGCAAGACCAGAGAAGACUGCUGCAUUGGUUGGCAUCGCUUCUGCCGCUGAUCACUUUGUCACAUGGUUCAACUCUCUUCCAUUAGAGACCCGCAAGGAGUUAGAGGCCAAAGGGGAGUGGUCACUGCCCACCAAACACACAGAGGAAGGUGUUUACAAGUUCAGCAUGGACUUCUUGCGUGAGGCAGAAAACCACUGUGUGCUUCAAAGCCCGAUCCCCAUAACCUGCCCCGUACGGCUCAUUCACGGCCUCAAAGACGAGGACGUUCCCUGGCACAUUUCCAUGCAGGUCGCAGAGCGCGUCCUCAGCCCCGACGUGGACAUCAUUCUGAGGCGAAACGGCCAGCACCGCAUGUCAGAGAAGGACGAUAUCAAGCUUAUGGUCUACACUAUUGACGAUCUGAUAGACAAGCUGACCACCUUGGUCUGAAGGGAUAGAGGAGAUAUUCAGGAUAUUAAAAUAAAGAGAAAUCGACUGUUAACUGUGAAGGCAGCCCUCAAGGGGAAAUAACCAAACAACAACAUGUCCUGCCAAACGACAUCUUUGAUGCAUAAGAUUGGUUUUUUUCCUAUAUUUUCUCUCUCAUUGCUACCAAGUCAACAUGUCGUUAAGUUGCAAGCAAUAAUGAACCCUACAAAAUUCAGGUUGCAUUUGUAUGUUUCAUGUUGUAUUAAGUAUUAUGUUGACCAGCCAUAUUUGCUGUUAUUCUUACUGUUAGGCUGUUUUCCUUCUAUCUCCUAGUAGACACACAGUUUUCCUGUGCCUUUUUAUCCUCUUUUCAUCUGUUAUUUUUGCCAAUAAAACCUCUGCACACUAGA